AUGUCGACACAACAACGAAAACCAUACAAGAGUCAUCAGAAGAAAUCCACAAAUAGCACAACGGUCGAGUUGACCAGUUUGGCAGAAAUGUUCCCGGACUGGGAAGUGGAAGAAUUGCAGAGCUUGUUAUCAGAACACAACAACGACUUGGAAGUCGUGUUGGACUUGAUUGUCAAUAAUAAGGUCUCCAAGUGGGAACCCAUCAAGAAGGACAAGAAAAAGAAGGAAAAAGAUUCACAGGAUGACACUUCCGCCAGCGGCAACUCUUCUUCACACCACACAAACAACAACAUAGCAUCAUCGACAUCCACGUCCAACAUAAAAAAGUCUAGAGCGGGCAAGCACGAUUCCAGCGCCAAGGGCACCUACAAGAAGCAAUUCUCGGGUACCCCAUAUAAGAAGAAAUCGGACAACUCCCAAUCAGCUAAUCCAUCGACUGGUUUGCCAUCAUCAACCGCCACCGGUGCUCUUACUGCUGCCACCGCGGCUGCUGCCAAUGCUCCUCCGGCUGUUCCCGCCAACAGUUGGGCUGCUGCUUUGUCUGAAAACGUACCUCAACCAAAGGCUGUUGAAGAAAAGCAUGAAAUACAACCUCAAUCUGAACCACAACCAAAUGACGAUGUUAACGACCAAGACCAUAAUGAAGCUACCCCAUCCGAAAAGGAAGAACCUGCUCCUCAACAAACCACCUCCGAAAAGGCCCCAUUAAAGCAAGCCACCGUUCCUCAACCACAGCAAGGCUCCUGGGUGUCUGCCAUUGCUCAAUCUGCCAAGCCAGCUCCAAAGCCUAAGGCUGCUGCCCCUGUUGAACAAGAGAAUGUGCCUGUGGUUGCUGAAGAACCUGUCUCAGUCGAAGAAACCGUCGAAUCUGCUACCAACCAAGAAUCUACUGGUGCUCCAGCUGCCGAAACCGUCGCCUACGAGUCCGUCACCGCCGAACCAGUUUCUGCUCCUGCAGCUGAAAUCCAACCACAAGUGGUUUUACCAGCUGGUUCCCAACAAGUCAACUCUAUCGGUGUCUCUUUCGGUUCUUUGUCUUUGGGUGAAGAAGAGCAAGAAGUUCAAGCUCAAUCGGAACCAAAGGAAGAAAUUUCUCAAUCAGUUGAUGCCCAAGCUUCUCAAUCGCAAUCUCAGCAAUCCCAACGUUACGGAUUGUACGGUAACCAACAACAACAGCAACAACAACAACAACAAAACAACCGUUACAACCAAAAUUCUUACAACCAACAAUACAACAACAAGCAAGCAAACCAACAAGGUCAACAGGCUCAACAAGGUCAACAAGGUCAACAAGGUCAACAAGGUCAACAAGGUCAACAAGCCCAACAAGCUCAACAACAAUACGACUACUACAAUCAAUACCAACAGCAACAGUACCCACAACAAGCUGCUCAAUCCUUACCAGGUGUUCAAUUUGGUGGAUACCCUGGUAUUGACUACAGCUCUUACGGCAACCAAGCCGCUGCUCUCGGUGGCAUUGCUUCCCCAGCUGCUUCUCACGCUAACACUGCCUAUGGUCAAUAUGGUGCUUCUCAGCCAGCCCCAGCAUCCUCUGGUGCUAGCCAAGACUCCACCCAGUCUCCAAUUGUGAACCCAAACAACUUGCAACAACAAAUGCCUGCUCACUUUGGUUACCCAUACUACUACAACUACUACUCCACCCCAUUCUACGGUACUGGAGCCGGUGGUUUAGGAGGUGCUCAAAACACCUUCGCCAACGUUGCUUCUCCAAUCAGUGGAUCUCUUAACGGUGCUCAAACUGGUGCUUCUGCUACCUCUGGUCAAUCCAACCAGGUUUCUGGUAGCUCUGCUACUGCUGGUGCCAACGGUGGCUUUGCUGGUGGAAACGCUCCAUCUCAGUACUACGGUCAACCAAACCAAUUCAACAAUAGAUAUCCUGGUUACUCGUACCCACCUCAACCACAACAGCAACAGCAACAGCAACAGCAGCAAGGACAAUCCGGCUCUAGCCAAGCUGGUGCUUCUGGCUCUGCCAACCAAGGAGCUUCUAACGGUCAAGGUGAUGCCUCUGCCGAUUCCAGAAAUGGUCUGACUGGUCAAGCUGGCCAACAAGCCCCACAGAACCCAGUUAUCCAACCUAUGCAAUACGGUGCUUAUCAACAGUACCCACAAUACGGUUACCAAGAUAACGCCCAAUACCGUGGAUGGUAUUAG